ACAGGUAACCAGUAAUCAUGGCACACCUGUUGGUAUUGGUGCUGUUUGGGUUAGUUGUUUCCCAAAUUAAAGCCAGUGGGUUCUUAGGGGGCUCUUUGAGUUUCUCUCUUGGAACGGAGAAGCCUGAUGGAUCCUUUGAGGUGGACUUUUAUUACAGGGAGUACAAACAAACCUGUGACGAUCAGCUCAGCUGGCAGUGCCAGAGUGGCGACUGUGGUACCCUGAUUAAGUCAGAGGUUCUCAUCCUUGAAGCCAACUCAAGUGCUGUGGCUUCGUGCCAGUCUGAGGGUCAUAUGACAAGUAAUGUGCCUACGAAUUCACCUUUCAUUUUAAGGGAUUCAGGAUGCUGUUGGGAUUCUAAUGUAAAUGGGGCACGUGACUGGUCACUGACCACACUGGUUGAUGUGGGAACACGGACAGACACAAACAGGCCAAACAGAUCACCUGUCUCUGCAACAGUACCAAGGCUACGAAUCCCCCAGAAUUGCCCCCUAAACAUUGAGCUGUUGGUCCAUGACCCAGAUGAUGAUGAGGUGCGAUGCAAAUUUUCUGCAGAGGCAGGGGGGAACUCAUCAUGCUCAUCAUGUCACUCUCAUCCAAGUAUCAACCUAAACCAGGAGCGUUGUGUUCUAAAUGGCAAUGGCUCGUUGUCUGUUGGAACACAUGUGUUUGAGAUGAUCUUGGAGGAUUACCCAAAAGAAGACAUUACAAUCACGUACACAGAUGGGACAUCUUCCGUCAAGCAUCAUCUCAACAAGACUGCAAUGCUAAAUCCAUCACCGAUAAGCCAGAUCCCCUUGCAGUUUACAGUGGAGGUUCUUUCUCCCACGGAAGGCUGCUUAACUGGGAAGACAAGGCCACAGUUCCUGACUCCAACACCUUGGCAUGAAGACAUUAAUAUGGCAGCUGUUGGACAUGGAUUCCAGCUGGAACUCCGAGCACAAUCCACAGAAACCAGAAUCAUAGACUUCCAGAUCAGUGGGCCUCAGAAUAUGUCCAAAUCACUGACCAGUGAGAGCAAUGGGAUUGCUGUGGCAACGCUGGAAUGGACACCACAGCAGAGUGAUCUCCAUCGCUCUGUUCCAGUGUGUUUCACCGCAGACACAGCGACAAGCCAAUCAGAGAUGAGAUGUGUUGUGGUGAUGGUAGGACAGUCGUUGCCACUGACAGGUAAUGGGGAGGUUUCUUGCAAGGAGAACAUCAUGACCAUUACUGUGAAUAAAACAUCCAUACCGGGCAUAAAUGAUACAUGGCUUCAUAUGAUCGACCCUUCUUGCUCGCUCACCUCCAAUGACACACAUGUCAUGGGCACAAUAUCAAUUAACACUUGUGGGACACAGAUGGAGGAAGAAGGUGAUUACAUUAUUUUCAAAAAUGUCAUCACCUCAUUUGAUGAACCUGGCAAAAUCAUUACUAGGAGGGGCCAUGUCACAAUUGGGUUCUCAUGUCAGUACCCUAAGGUUAUGAAUAUCAAUAGCCACUAUCUGAACAAAAAAUCAGACUACGUUUUCACUGAGGCCAGCUUUGGAAGCUUCAGCUACACAUUUGAAGUGUUUACGGACGCCAGCUUCACCACUGCAAUGGCCCCUGCAUCAUUCCCCUUAGAGUACGAACUGCUGGACAUGAUCUUUAUGGGCAUCAAAUCUCACUCCGCACUUCCAAACACAAGGAUGUUUGUGGAGUCCUGCAGAGCCACACCUACAGUUAACCCAAGGGGCCCUGUCUACUAUGACUUAAUCAGUAAUGGGUGCUCUGUUGAUGAUACCAUGGUUGAAUUUCCACACGGUCCAAUGAAUUAUAACUUUGAGAUCCAAGCAUUUAAGUUCACAGGAGAGUUUGAUGAGGUGUUUAUUAGCUGCUCAGUGAUCCUGUGUGAGGCAGGCAACCCAAACUCCAGGUGUGCUCAGGGCUGCGUGAAAGAUGCCUCUCGCAGGCGUAAGCGAGGGACCGGACUCGAGACAGCUAGCCAUUUCCUCACUAUGGGUCCAUUUCGGGUGGCUAGAGAUGCUCAACAUCGGUCAGGUCAACAGCAAGCAUCCAGCAAAGAUGGCUCUAGUUUCUAUGAGCAGACAAAUACCACUACUUUUGUUCUUGCUGCUCUUCUCAUGGCUUCACUUGUGCUGCUGGUGGGAGUCCUACUUUACCGAAUCGCAGAUACCGAACCCUCAGCCAACAGAGCCUCUUGUUUUAAGAUCUUUAUAUCCUUGCCUUAUAAGCCACAUAAUAAUAAUUACAGGAUAUGUCCACAUGCUGUAAUACACAUUCUGUAUAUAAUUUGAUGACCAAACUAAAACUGUCAAAUACUCUCUGACAAAAUAUUAAGAUGAUUUCAUUAACCUAACCCUAACCCUAACUCUCUGACAAAAUAUUAAAAUGAUUUCAUUAAAUGAGGGCUAACCCGCAAUAAUUUCUCGAGCUUAAAUAAAUUCACUAAGGUGGGAAAAAGGCAGGCAAUAAAAGGUAAACUUUAUAGGGCUGAUUCUAGGUAAUGCAAAAAAUUAAGACUGCAGUUUCUGGAAUGUCUUAAAAUAAAUCAAUUGUGUCUUUCAUACUCAGGGACAUUAAAGGAACUAAUGCUAGCGUGGGUAUUUUUUUAAUAAUCUCACAAGCAUGCAUACUUAAACUUCCCAGUGAUGCUGGUGGUGGUUUACUGUAGUCAUAAUGGUUUACUUCUGCAACUUGAUUGUGGCAAAAUAUUAAUCCAUGUUUACAAUUUACACAUAUCUACAUGUAUCUCUUCUGUGUGGCAAAUAAGGAAAUAAAACUAUUUGGAGCCAA